CCCCUCACGUGUCCCCGUGUCCCCGCAGAUGACGUCCUCCACCAAGGUGUACUACAGCCAGACCACGCAGACCGACAGCCGCCCGCUGAUGGGGCCGGGGCUGCGGCGGCGCCGGGUGCUGACCAAGGACGGCCGCAGCAACGUGCGCAUGGAGCACAUCUCGGACAAGCGCUUCCUGUACCUCAAGGACCUGUGGACCACCUUCAUCGACCUCCAGUGGCGCUACAAGCUCCUGCUCUUCUCCGCCACCUUCGCCGGCACCUGGUUUGCCUUCGGCGUGGUCUGGUACCUCGUGGCCGCGGCACACGGCGACCUGCUGGAGUUCGAGCCGCCCGCCAACCACACGCCGUGCGUGAUGCAGGUGCACACGCUGACCGGCGCCUUCCUCUUCUCCCUCGAGUCCCAGACCACCAUCGGCUACGGCUUCCGCUACAUCAGCGAGGAGUGUCCGCUGGCCAUCGUGCUGCUCAUCACCCAGCUGGUGCUCACCACCAUCCUGGAGAUCUUCAUCACCGGCACCUUCCUGGCCAAGAUCGCGCGGCCCAAGAAGCGCGCCGAGACCAUCAAGUUCAGCCAGAACGCGGUGGUGGCGCAGCACGACGGCAAGACCUGCCUGAUGAUCCGCGUGGCCAACAUGAGGAAGAGCCUCCUGAUCGGCUGCCAGGUCACCGGGAAGCUGCUGCAGACCCACCUCACCAAGGAGGGCGAGAGCGUCCGGCUCAACCAGCUCAACGUGGACUUCCAGGUGGACACGUCCUCGGACAGCCCCUUCCUCAUCCUGCCGCUGACCUUCUACCACGUGGUGGACGAGGCCAGCCCGCUGCGGGACGUGUCCCUGCGCUCGGGGGACGGCGACUUCGAGCUGGUGGUCAUCCUGAGCGGCACCGUGGAGUCGACGAGCGCCACGUGCCAGGUGCGCACGUCCUACCUGCCCGAGGAGAUCCUGUGGGGCUACGAGUUCACGCCGGCCAUCUCGCUGUCGGCCAGCGGCAAGUACGUGGCCGACUUCAGCCUCUUCGACCGCGUGGUGAAGGUGGCCACGCCCUGCUGUCACCACGAGGCCGUCCGGUUCGGGGACCCCGAGAAGGUGAAGUUGGAGGAGUCGCUGAGGGAGGCGGAGCGGGAGGGGGAGGGGGCCCCGCUCAGCGUCCGCAUCAGCAAUGUCUGAGGGGGGACAGAGAGGUGACAUCGGCACCGGUGGCACCGGAGCAAGGGGUGGCAGCGGGCCCUGGGUGGCACCAGAGCAAGGGGGUGGUGGCAGGUGCUGGAGGUGUCGCUGUGUCUGGAGGUAUCACCAGAUUCGAGGGGAUGGCAACAUCUGGAGGUGUCACCAGCCCUGGAGGUGCCACCAUCCCCAAAGGGACACCAACAAUUGGAGGUGGCACCAGCCUUGGAGGUGGCACCAGCCCCAAAGGGACACUGACAAUUGGAGGUGUCACCAGCCCUGGAGGUGCCACCAGCCCCAAAGGGACACCGACAGUUGGAGGUGUCACCAGCCUUGGAGGUGCCACCAGCCCCAAAGGGACACCGACAAUUGGAGGUGUCACCAGCCCUGGAGAUGCCACCAGCCCCAGAGGUGCCACCAGCCCCAAAGGGACACUGACAAUUGGAGGUGUCACCAGCCUUGGAGGUGUCAUCAAGUCUGGAGGUGUCACCAAUGCCUGUUACCAGCCUCAGAGUGUCACCAGCCUUGGAGGUGCCACCAGCUUCAGAAUGUCACCAGCAUCUGGAGGUGUCACCAGCACCUGGAGGUACCACCACCCUCAGAGUGUCACCAAGUCUGGAAGUGUCACCAAGUUUGGAGUUUUCACCAGUUUUAAUGGGCCACCAAUGUCUGGAGGUGCCAUUAGCCCCAAAGUGUCACCAAUGCGUGGAGGUGCCACCAGCCCCAGAACUGUCACCAGCUCCUGGAGGUGUCACCAGCCUCAGAGUGUCAACAAGACUGGAGUGUCACCAACACCUGGAGGUAGCACCAUCCAUGGAGGCAUCACCAAGUCACCAACCCCAGGGGACACCAACGCCUGAAGGUGCCACCAACAUCUGGAAGUGUCACCAACAUCUGGAGGUGGCACCAAGUCUGGAGGUUCCACCACCAGCCCCAAGAGCACACCAAUGUCUGGAAGUGUCACCAGCCCUGGAGGUGCCACCAGCCCCAAGGGGACACGAAUGUCUGGAGGUGUCACCAGCCCCAAAGUGUCACCACAUCUGGAGGUGUCACCAAGUCUGGAGGUGUCACCAGCCCCAAGGGGAUAUAAGUGUCUAAAGAAGCCACCAGUCCCCAAAUGUCACUGGUGCUGAGAUGUCACCAGCCCUGGUGGUGUCACCAGUCCUUGGAGGUGUCACCAACAUCUGGAGGUGACACCAGCCCCAAAGUGCCACCAGGUGCCACAAAUCCUCCAGUCCCCGGGGUGUCCCCAGUUCCAAGGUACCACAAGCCCCUGGAGGUGCCACCAACACCGGCAGGUGACACCAGCCCUGAGGAGACACAGUCCUAAAGUGUCACCAAUGCCUGGAAGUGUCACCAACAUCUGGGAGUGCCCCCGGUCCCAGGAUGCCAUCAAAGCCUGGAGGUGCUACCAGGUCCUGGAGGUGCCACCAGCCCCAAAGUGUCACCAACAACUGGAAAUGCCACCAAUGCCUGGAGGUGUCACUGACCACUGGAGGUGCCACCAACAUCUGGAAGUGCCACCAGCCCCGAAGUACCACCAAUGCCUGGAAGUGCCACCAGCCCUGAGGUGCCACCAGUCUCUAGAAGUGUCACCAAUGCCCAGAAGAGCCACCAGCCAAGAUUCCACCAGUGCCUGGAGAUGCCACCAAUGCCUGGAGAUGUCACUAAGCCCUGGAAGUGCCACCAUCUGGAGGUGCCACCAACCCCAAAGUGCCAGCAACGCCUGGAAGUGCCACCAGUACCUGGAAGUGACACCAGCCCCAAUGUGCCACCAACCUCUGGAGAUGCCACCAAGUCCUGGAGAUGACACCAGCCUCAAAGUGCCACCAAUGCCUGAAAGCAUCACCAAACCCUGGAGGUGCCACCAGUCCCAAAGUGCCACCAACACCUGGAGGUGCCACGAGCCCCAGAAUGGCACCAGUCCCUGGAGGUGCCACCAGUCCCUGGUGCCCCAAAGUGCCACCGGUUCCUGGAGGCGACAUCAGCCCCGAAGUGCCACCAAUGUCUACAAUUGCCACCAACCCCUCUGGAGGUGCCACCACCCCAAAAGUGUCACCAACCCCUGGAGAUGUCACCAAUCCCCAGGGGGCUGCUGCUGCUCCCCCCUUCCCUCCCAGGGGAAACUGAGGCAGGAGACCCCCCCCACCCUUCACCCCAA